CGAGACUCGAAAUAACGGUUUUCUACCAGACGGUUCUUCUCUUAUCGACAUGAGUGGAGCUUCGCAGGCAGAAAUGGGGGACACGAACCCAUCAGAGUCUGUAAAGCGAAGGCCAGGCAGGUAUCACCAGUCUGCUUUGAGCAUGCUGGCCAUUCACAAAUCCACAAUGGAGAAACAGGCCAGAUUCAGACAGGAGAGGGAGGUGAGGAAGGCUAGUCUGACGCCAGCACACCAGUACAUGUUUGAAGUCCUGGCUGUUGGGCUUGGCCUGGAAGUUUCAGCGGUAGAAGAUUUUAUUCUUGAUGCCCCAUCAUUAGCACCGUUUGAUGAUUUCUUUGCCAAAGGAGGGUCAGAAGUUAUUUCAUUUGCGUACCAGGAAUCAGAGGUUCCAGGAGUAGAAUGUGGUCGCACUUUUCCUGGCGUGUCGAAGGGAACCAAAAUGAUGCGACUGUUCCUGGCCGAUAUGUCCGACACAUGCUUUGAAGGACUUUGUUUGUUUUUUCUGAGAACCAACGCGGAUGUUGCACUCAACCCAGCGAACAUCCACAAGGAGAUUUAUCUAUCCAUGCUCAGCGCCACAGAGGGGAUGCUGAAAGGAAUAAGAGAUUUGUUAUCAAAUGUGUACAUACCAGCAGUUUGUACAACUGAGAACUGGGGGGCUUUAAACCAGUCUAAACAUGGAGAGAAAAUCAAGCAGAACUUUAGAGAUGACCUGUUUCACUUCACGCACUUUCUGGAUGAGAUGCAGCUGAGCAUCGAGGGUACCGUUAAACUAACAAAAGCCUCAGAGAUCGACUUCUCCAGACUUGUGACCUUUGAGAAUAUAAAAGCGGCGGCUGAAGACGCGGACAUGGUGCGCAGACUCGAGGAGAUUUUAAUGGGGUGGCACAAGCAGAUCGAACAGGUGCUGACAGAAAGGAAUCAGAUUCGUAGAGAAGAUGAUGCGUUGGGGCCUUUGACAGAACUCGAACACUGGAAAAGGAUGUCUGCAAAGUUCAGCUCCAUCAUAGAACACAUCAAAGGCUCAGAAUGUAAAACUGUGGUGAACGUCCUUCAUAUAAACCGAUCAAAGACCAUAAAGCUAUGGCGGGAGCUAGAUAACAGAAUAACUGACUGUGCGAACGAGGCUAAGGACAACGUAAAAUAUCUCUCCAGCCUGGAGAAAAUAUGUCGGCCUCUUUAUAACUCUGAUCCAGUCACCAUGACUAAAAGUAUCCGGACUCUCAUCACCACCAUUUGCAUGAUACAUGAUGUGUCAAGAUAUUACAACACGUCUGAACGAAUGUCUACACUUUUUAUUAAAGUUACUAAUCAGAUGGUGACCGCCUGCAGAGCUUACCUUACUAAUAAUGGCACCUCAAGCAUUUGGGAUCAGGACACACACGAUCUCAUUAAGAAGAUGCAGGAGUGUAUCUGCCUGUUUGAGGAGUAUCGGUCAUGCUUCCAAAGUACGAAGAAGCAGAGGCUCGAGACGCAGCCCGGGAAAUCAUUCGAGGUGUCGGAGAUGUACAUCUUCCGCAAGUUUGACGAUUUCUGCAAGAGGCUCGAGAAGAUAACUCAGAUGAUCACAGUGAUAAAAUCGUUCUCGGCCCUCGGCCAGUCAAGAAUCGAAGGGCUCGAGGCUCUAGCUGCAAAGUUUCAGAACAUCUACAUCAACAUAAAAAAGAAGGAGUACGACAUACUGGCUCAAAGAAGAGAGGUGUUUGAGGUGGACUUUACCGAGUUCAUGUCUCACAUCAGUAACCUGGAGCACCAACUUCAAGAUUUAAUGAGAAAAUGUUUCUCCAAGAUUUUUUCAUCUCAACAAGCCUUAAACCUCCUACAAAGGUUUCAGAAACUGAACAUGUCGUGUCUGCAGGCAGAAAUCUCCACAACCCUCCACCUGAUUCUGCAGCACUACGUCACAGAGCUCGAAGCUGUAAACCAGCACUAUCAGACCUACAGAGAAGAUCCUCCCAUAGGCAGAAACAUGCCUCCAGUGGCGGGCAGGAUUGUCUGGGUCAGGCAGCUGUUCAGCAAAAUACAGGAACCCAUCAGUUACAUUGAGAAAAACUCAGAGGUCCUGUCCACAUCUGAGGGGCAGGAUGUUGUGCAGCUGUACAACAGGUCUGCAGCGGUGUUUGUGGAGUUUGAGAUUCUUUACUAUACAGCCUGGAUGAACAGGUUCCCACAGUUGGAAUAUGCCCUGUAUGAAACCCUGCUUGUUCGCGACCCAGAAUCAAAGAAACUGCUGGUGAACAGUUCUACAAUAAACGAGACAUUACGAGAGAUUAAAUGCUUGAUUAAACUGGGAUUGAAGGUUCCCGAGAAGGCUCUGUAUAUGUUUAGGACAGAGAAACACCUAAAGACAACACAAUUCAGAUUAGAGACGUUUAUCAGCAGUUAUGAGGAUACGCUUGAGGAAAUUCCUGCUAUGUUUUACAGUCUGAUGAUAUCAAAAAUAAAAAAGGUGGACUCUGUGCUUCGUCAAGGCUUGGUGUUUCUCAGCUGGUCGUCUCUCAUCCUGGACACAUUUUUCAAUGAUCUUGAUGCUGCCAUGGCUGAGCUGCAGCAUGUUCUAAAGAAGGUGACAGAUCUUUGCGAGAUUCGCAUUGAAGGUGUUUUACACAACAUCUCCGAGACUGUCCUCAUCACCCUGCCAGAGGACAGAGCCUCAUCUCUACAGGACCUGAUUACCACCAACGAGGCUCAGACUAAGCUGUGGGCUCAGACUCUCAACCAAAAGAGCAGCCACGUAGAGGAGGCAGUGAAGGAACUGACUUUAAUCUUCAGUGCUAUUUAUGAGCCAAAAGAAAGCAAAGACCCGGCUGAGAAACCUAAAGGACACAAACGUGUUGCAUUCUCAGAAGAUCUGGGCUCAUCAAACGAUAAAGACAGGUUCAAGGCAGAAGCCCGUGAAGCUGAUAAAGACGAAGACUUUAAAAACGAGUGCAGAGAACUGUAUGCUCACUUCAGCGCAAAACUUCUGGACGCUUUGGUGAAGGCCACAUGUUUGUCUCUGGACACGUUAAAAAGAAGAUUGUUUAUUUCCAGCUCAUCUGGCGGCCAUCCCAGUGUCUCAGAUGAGGUGAUAACUUUAAUAAAAUCUGAGAUCCACCUGACCAUACCCAAUGUGGUAAGUGUUUAUAUUACUAAUGCUUUACUCUGUGCUUUCUGUGUUCUGAUGAAGGUGAUGAUACCGAGUCUUGAUAAGAUCCAGCAAGCAAUCAUUCACCUGGUGCAUCUGGUGCUGGAGGUGAGCCGCGGCGUGGCAUGCUGGAAACAGGAUUGCCGCUCAGACGACGUUGGAAAGUCUGGAUCUGGGCGGCUGAGGAACUUCUUCCAGAGUGUUUCUGAAAACAAGAAUGUGUGCAAGCCUGUAGGACUUCUAAUGUCAGGGGUGAACCUCCUGGGUAAACAGCCCGGAGAUGUGCUCAGUCAGUUCAGAGCCUUCAAAGUAAUCUGGGAUCAGGACCGAGACGACCAAGUCAAGGAAUUCAUCAGUAGCAACCCCGACCUAUACCUGAUAAAGGAGCAAAUUUUACACUAUGAAACGGUUGAACAGGAGAUCGCGGACAUCACGCCCAUCGUCGUUUUAGGUGGAAUGGAAUUGUCAACAGCUCCACUGAAGAUGUCCCUGAGUGUGGAAGCGAAAGCCUGGAAACUGAUGCUGUGCAAGUACGUACAAAAGGAAUACAAGAAGAAGCUGAUGGACAUGAUCGCUUUCAUUAGUGAGCAGCAAAAAAAACUCUCACGCCCUAUAGCUGACCUGGACGACGUGAGAUUCGCUAUGGAAGCCCUGUCCAAUAUCCGGGACUCAGAAAUUAUAAUGGACAUGACCAUGGGGCCCAUCGAGGAAGCCUAUUCUAUACUAAACAAGUUUGAAGUGGAAGUGACGAAGGAGGAGGCCGAGGGUGUGGAUACACUAAGAUACUCUUUUGCUAAACUGCAGUCCAAAGAGAGAGCAGUCCAGCAUGAACUGGUCAGUGCGCAGCCCAAGUUGAAAGAGAAUCUCCUGGAAUCAGUCGGCACGUUUCAGAAUGACUUGAUGACUUUCGGCCAGAAGUAUGAAACGGAAGGCCCGAAUGUUUCAGGCAUUUCACCUGAGGAGGCCAGCAUCAGACUUCAAAUCUUCCAGACUGGGUUUGAUAACCUGUGGAGGAAGUUCACCACAUAUUCUUCUGGAGAACAGUUGUUCGGCCUGCCCGUCACUGAAUAUGAUGUUCUACAGAAAGCUCGGAAAGAGCUCGGGCUUCUUCAGAAGCUGUACGGCCUCUACGAUGCGGUUAUGAAUAAGAUCAGCGGCUAUUACGAAAUCCUCUGGACCGAAGUGGAUAUUGAAAAGAUCAACACGGAGCUUUCAGAAUUCCAAACCAGAUGCCGAAAGCUCCCCAAAGGACUGAGAGACUGGCAGGCGUUUUUAGAUCUGAAGAAAAGGAUCGAUGACUUCAGCGAGUCGUGCCCUCUCCUGGAGAUGAUGGCUCACAGAGCGAUGAAGCAGAGACACUGGGAACGCAUCGCUGACCUGACGCAGCACAAGUUUCACGUGGAUUCGGACACGUUCUGCCUUCAAAACAUAAUGGAGGCCCCACUGCUGAAACACAAAGAAGACAUAGAGGACAUCUGCAUCUCAGCAGUAAAGGAGAAGGAUAUCGAGGCCAAGCUGGCACAGGUGGUUGAUUUAUGGUACAGUCAGUUGCUCACAUUUAUGGCUUUUAAAGGCAGAGGAGAGCUGAUGCUUAAAGGAGCUGAGACGGCAGAAAUCAUCACUGCCAUGGAGGACAGUCUGAUGGUGCUUGGAUCACUUCUAAGCAACAGAUACAACACUCCUUUUAAGAAAGACAUCCAGAACUGGGUUUUUAAGCUCUCCACAUCAUCAGACAUCAUCGAGCAGUGGCUGCUUGUUCAGAACCUGUGGGUGUACCUGGAGGCCGUGUUUGUGGGUGGAGACAUUGCCAAGCAGCUUCCACAGGAAGCGAAGCGCUUCCAGAACAUCGAUAAAUUAUGGAUAAAGAUCAUGCAGAGAGCCCAUGAGAUCCCCAGUGUGGUGCAGUGCUGCGUGGGAGAUGAGACCAUGAGCCAGCUUCUACCUCACCUGCAGGAGCAGCUUGAACUCUGCCAGAAAUCUCUCACAGGCUACCUGGAAAAGAAACGACUGCAGUUCCCCCGCUUUUUCUUUGUGUCCGAUCCUGCUUUACUGGAAAUCCUCGGACAAGCCAGUGACUCUCACACCAUCCAGGCUCAUCUCCUGGGAGUGUUCGACAACGUCAGUGAGGUGGAGUUUCAUGUCAAGGACUACGACAAGAUUUUGGCGGUGAUCUCUCAGGAGGGCGAGAAAGUACCCCUGGACAAACCAGUAAUGGCGCGCGGUCCUGUGGAACUCUGGUUGGGAGAGUUACUGGUGCAACAGCAAGCCUCACUGCACUCAGUCAUAAAAGCAGCUCAGCUGCAGAUUAAUGAGCCCGACUUCCAGCUCCUCACCUUCCUUAACCAGGUCCAAGCUCAGGUGGGCCUGCUGGGCAUUCAGAUGCUCUGGACUCGAGACUCAGAGGAGGCACUGCAGAAUGCCAAGAAGGACAAGAGGGUCAUGUCUGUGACAAACCAGAAGUUUCUGGAUCUGCUGAACACGCUGAUAGCACAGACGACUCACGACUUGUCCAAGUUCGAGCGUGUUAAGUUUGAGACGCUGGUUACAAUCCACGUCCAUCAGAGAGACAUUUUUAAUGAUUUGGUGAAAAUGAACAUCAGGUCCCUCGGUGACUUUGAAUGGCUGAAGCAGAGCAGAUUUUAUUUCCGGGAGGAUCAGGAUCACGUCGCAGUGUCGAUCACGGACGUCGACUUCAUCUAUCAGAACGAGUUUUUAGGCUGCACGGACAGGCUGGUCAUCACUCCUCUAACAGACAGGUGUUACAUUACCUUAGCUCAGGCGUUAGGUAUGAGUAUGGGCGGAGCUCCUGCUGGUCCGGCUGGGACGGGCAAAACCGAAACCACCAAAGACAUGGGCCGCUGCCUGGGGAAGUACGUCGUGGUCUUUAACUGCUCCGACCAGAUGGACUUCAGAGGACUGGGCAGGAUUUAUAAAGGUCUGGCUCAGUCUGGGUCCUGGGGAUGCUUCGAUGAGUUUAACAGGAUCGACCUGCCCGUGCUGUCGGUCGCUGCACAGCAGAUCCACAUCGUCCUGAGCGCUCGCAAAGAGCGCAAAGCUCAGUUCCUCUUCACCGACGGAGACUGUGUGGAUCUGAACCCCGAAUUCGGACUCUUUAUUACCAUGAACCCGGGCUACGCCGGUCGCCAGGAACUGCCCGAAAAUCUAAAGGUGCAGUUCAGGACCGUUUCUAUGAUGGUUCCUGACAGACAGAUCAUCAUGAGAGUCAAACUGGCCAGCUGUGGUUUCAUCGAGAACGUUAUACUGGCUCAGAAGUUCUUUGUGCUUUAUAAACUGUGUGAGGAGCAGCUCACGAAGCAGGUUCACUAUGAUUUUGGGUUGAGGAACAUUCUGUCGGUUUUGAGGACUCUGGGAGCUGAGAAACGGGCUCGACCCUCAGACUCUGAGUCCAGCAUCGUGAUGAGGGUUCUGCGUGACAUGAACCUCUCCAAACUGGUGGAUGAAGACGAGCCUCUGUUUCUCAGUCUGAUCAGUGACCUGUUUCCUGGGAUUCAGCUGGAUAACAGCACCUACGCUGAGCUGCAGGCUGCAGUCGCCACACAAGUGCAACAAGCAGGAAUCGUUAAUCACCCGCCGUGGAACCUCAAGCUCAUACAGUUAUACGAGGCGUCGCGGGUGCGUCACGGCCUGAUGACCCUCGGCCCGAGCGGAGCCGGAAAGACGACCGCCAUUAACAUCCUCAUGCGCGCCAUGACAGAGUGCGGCGCUGCUCACAGAGAGAUGAGGAUGAACCCCAAAGCCAUCACCGCGCCCCAGAUGUUCGGCCGUCUGGACGCCGCUACCAACGACUGGACCGACGGGAUCUUCUCCACCCUGUGGAGGAAAACUCUCAGAACUAAAAAGGGAGAAAACAUCUGGAUUGUGCUGGAUGGGCCAGUAGACGCCAUCUGGAUCGAGAACCUGAACUCGGUGCUGGACGACAACAAAACUCUGACCCUGGCGAACGGUGACCGGAUCCCUAUGUCCCCGAGCUGUAAGCUGGUGUUUGAGGUGCACAACAUGGACAAUGCUUCUCCCGCUACCGUCUCCAGAGUGGGCAUGGUGUUCAUGAGCUCCUCCGCUCUCAGCUGGAGACCCAUUCUGCAGGGCUGGACCAACAAGCGCAGUGCUCAGGAAGCUGACAGCCUGAUGAGCCUGUAUGAUAAGAUAUUUGAAGAUGCUUAUAUAUUCAUGAAACAAAACCUCAAGCCAAAAAUGCAGCUCUUGGAGUGCAACUACGUUAUGCAGUCGGUAAACCUGCUGGAGGGUCUGAUUCCUCCUAAAGAUGCUGGAGGCACGUUGAGCAGCGAGCACCUGGAGCGCCUCUUCGUGUUCUGCAUGAUGUGGAGUCUGGGAGCUCUGCUGGAACUGGAUGACCGGGACAAGAUGGAGCUGUUCGUUCGCUCUCAUGAAAGCAAGCUUGACCUGCCACCGACAGAGCCUGGCCAGACCAUGUUCGAGUACAUGGUCAAUCAGAACGGUGACUGGGAUCACUGGAGUAAAUACGUCGUGCAGUACGUCUACCCCACAGACUCGGCACCAGACUACACGUCCAUUCUCGUUCCCAACGUGGACAACACCAGAACGAGCUUCCUGAUUGAGGCCAUCGCAAAACAGCGCAAGGCUGUUCUCCUCACCGGUGAACAGGGGACUGCCAAGACGGUCAUGAUUAAGGCCUACACGAAGAAAUACAACCCUGAGAUGGAUCUGUUCAAAUCCAUGAACUUCUCCUCCGCCACGGAGCCGAUCAUGUUCCAGCGGGCAGUAGAGAGUUACAUAGAGAAGCGGCUGGGCAGCACAUACGGACCCCCCGGCAGACGGAGACUGACCGUUUUUAUUGAUGACAUCAACAUGCCUGUCGUCAAUGAAUGGGGAGAUCAGAUCACAAAUGAAAUAGUGCGUCAGACGAUGGAGAUGUCGGGCAUGUACAGUCUGGAUAAACCCGGUGAUUUCACCACCAUAACAGACGUUCAGAUGAUGGCCGCCAUGAUCCAUCCCGGCGGUGGCAGGAACGAUAUUCCUCAGAGACUGAAGAGACAGUUCACAGUGUUUAACUGCACGCUUCCGGCCAACUCCUCCAUCGACAUGAUCUUCGGAAUUAUUGGCUGUGGAUAUUUCCAUCAGUGUCGAGGAUUUACACCAGAGAUCUCUGACACUGUACAGCGUCUCGUACCCGCUUCCCGGAUUCUCUGGCAAUGGACCAAGGGGAAGAUGUUGCCCACUCCAUCAAAGUUUCACUACUUCUUCAACCUAAGAGAUCUGUCCAGGAUUUGGCAGGGCAUGCUGAAGAUCAGAGCAGAAGAGUGUGAGACAGUCGCCACCCUCCUGUCCUUGUUCAAGUGUGAAUGCACUCGAGUCAUCGCAGACCGGUUUGUGUGUGAGGAGGAUAAGCACUGGUUCGAGAAGUCUAUAGCCCAGGUCAUUCAGGAACACGUGGAUCCUGCUUUGGUGCCACACCUCCACCCCGACCCUUACUUUGUGGACUUCCUGAGAGAGGCUCCAGAGCCUACAGGAGAGGAGGCUGAUGACGCCUGUCUCGACGCUCCCAAAAUCUAUGAACUGGUGCCGGACUUCCAGUUCCUGUCGGAGAGACUGCGGUUCUAUCAGAGCCAGUAUAACGAGGCUGUUCGGGGCUCACAUCUGGACCUGGUCUUCUUUACUGAUGCCAUGACCCACCUCAUCAAGAUCUCCCGCAUCAUCAGGACCGAUGGAGGAAGCGCUCUGCUGGUGGGAGUGGGAGGGUCGGGCAAGCAAAGCCUUUCACGGCUCGCGUCGUACAUCGCCGGUUACAGGAUAUUCCAGAUUACACUCACUAGAACCUAUAACAUCAGCAACCUGAUGGAUGACCUGAAAGUGCUGUUCAGAACGGCCGGCGCUGAAGGAAAAGGCGUCACGUUCAUCUUCACGGACAACGAGAUAAAAGACGAGGCCUUCCUAGAGUACCUUAACAAUGUUUUGUCAUCUGGAGAGGUCUCGAACCUUUUUGCUCGUGAUGAACUGGACGAGAUAACACAGAAUCUCAUCCCCGUAAUGAAAAAGGAGACGCCCCGAGUGCCGCCCACCUUUGAUAAUCUGUAUGAAUACUUCAUCUCCCGGGCCAAAAAGAACCUCCAUGUGGUGCUGUGUUUUUCCCCGGUGGGGGAGAAGUUCCGCUCCCGCUCUCUGAAGUUCCCCGGACUGAUAUCCGGAUGCACCAUGGACUGGUUCACCCCGUGGCCGAGUGAAGCCCUGAUGGCCGUGUCCCAGUAUUUCCUCUCGGACUUCCACAUGGUCUGUUCGCCUGAGGUGAAGACUGCGGUGGUCCAGACUAUGGCCGUCUAUCACGACAGAGUCUCCUCCACCUGCGAGAGCUACUUUGAGAGAUUCAGACGAAGGGCCCACGUCACCCCGAAAUCCUACCUGUCCUUCAUCAAUGGAUACAAAACCCUCUAUACAGAGAAGCACACCCACAUCAACACUCUUGUUGAGCGCAUGAAUGUCGGUCUAGCCAAGCUAAUGGAAGCCAGCGAAUCCGUCGCGCAGCUGUCCAGAGACCUGGUGGUGAAGGAGCAGGAGCUGGCGUUGGCCUCAGCCCGAGCCGACAAGGUCCUCAAGGAGGUGACUGUGAGCGCCGAGGCCGCCUCUGUGGUCAAAAACGAGGUGCAGGUGGUGAAGGAUAAAGCGCUGAAGAUCGUGGAGGAAAUCGAGAAGGAAAAAGGUGUGGCAGAGCUGAAGCUGCAGGCGGCUGAACCUGCACUCAUGAAAGCUGAGGCGGCUUUAAACGUGAGUUCCAAAAACUGAUGUAGCAGCUCAAAAGUAUUUGGACACCUGACCAUGGGCUU